UGUGUUGCUAGGAUACGGUAAACUACUGCUGGUUUUGGGAAAUCCUAACAUUUGAGGAUACGGCCGGGAGUUUUGACGCUUCAUUUCAUUAUCUUGUAUCCUCAAGGGGAAAGCACUCACAAUGGAGAUAGUUCAUGUGUACACCAAGAAGCGCAACGAGUUUGGGCGACAGUGUAAUUUCUCUGAUCGGUCUGCUGAGUUGCAUGUGGACAUCCUCCCUGAUCCUUCUCUGGCAUCCAGCUUCAUUGAGAGAGACCCUUGCGAUGUUCCCAUACAGUGCACACAAGAGAUGUCCGAGCAUGAGGUGAACACAGAGCGCUUUGAGUCGGACACCAGGGGGAUAAACCAUGUGGAGGGAGGCUGGCCCAAGGACGUCAACCCUCAGGAGAUGGAGCAGACCAUCCGCUUCAGGAAGAAAGUGGAGAAAGACGAGCUUUAUUUCAGCACCAUCAUGCAGCUGGGCAGUAACAUGGAGCAUUGCAUCAAGCAGAACAAUGCCAUCAACAUCUACCAGGAGUACUUUGAAGAGGAGGAGGUGGUGGAGGAGUCAGAGGAGCAGCCCUCUGCCAAAACCAUCAACGUUUUCAGAGACCCGAACGAGAUAAAGCGCACUGCCACCUGUCUGUCCUGGCAUCCCGAUGGCAGCUGUAAACUGGCAGUGGCCUACUCCUCACUGGGGUUCCAGAACAUCUCUCAAGACAUGAGCUAUGACUCAUAUAUAUGGGACAUUGAGAAUCCUAAUAAGCCAGAGAUGACCCUGAAACCUGUCUCUCUACUGGUCUGUCUGGAGUACAACCCCAAAGACUCUCACAUCCUGGUCGGAGGCAGCUACAAUGGCCAGAUCGCUUAUUGGGACACUCGCAAGGGGAGCCAGCCGGUGGAAAUGUCCACAAUAGAGCACAGCCACAGAGACCCGGUCUACAAAGUCAUCUGGUUGCAGUCAAAGACUGGAACCGAUACCUUCUCUGCGUCUACGGACGGCCAGGUGCUGUGGUGGGACAUCCGUAAGAUGAGCGAGCCUACAGAGAGGCUGGUACUGGACCCCAACAAGAAGGGCAACCUGGACAAUGCCCUGGGGGCAAUCUCACUGGAGUUUGAGACCACUAUGCCCACAAAGUUUAUGGUGGGGACAGAGCAAGGGCUGGUGGUCUCCUGUAACCGGAAGGCCAAGACCCCGGCAGAGAAGAUAGUGUGUACGUACAGCGGUCAUCACGGCCCAGUCUACGCCCUGCAAAGGAACCCGUUCUUCCCCAAGAACUUCCUGACCGUAGCCGAUUGGACAGCCCGCAUCUGGUCCGAAGACAUCAAGGAGUCGUCCAUCAUGUGGACAAAAUACCAUAUGGCCUAUCUGUCAGACGGCUGCUGGAGUCCAAUACGGCCCUCUGUAUUCUUCACUGUCAAAAUGGACGGGACACUAGACGUGUGGGACUUCCUCUUCAAACAGAACGACCCCACCCUCAGUCUGAAAGUGUGUGAUGAGGCUCUGUACAGCCUGCGGGUGCAGGAUAACGGGCGCUUCCUGGCCUGUGGGUCUCAGCUGGGCACUGCCACCCUGCUGGAAAUCUCCCCGGGGCUGUGUACCCUUCAGAGGAACGAGAAGGCCCUGGCCACUGCGAUGUUUGAGCGGGAGACCAAACGGGAGAAGAUCUUGGAGGCGCGCCACCGUGAGAUGCGUCUGAAGGAGCGCAGCCGCUCAGAGCAGAGCAAGGAGGAGGACACCAAGGAGGGCGAAGGAGAGGAGAGCGCCGAGGAGCGAGCAACGCGCACAGAGACAGAGUUCUAUGAGAUAGUGGAGGCUGAGCUGAAGAAGAGAGCUAAGGAGCAAGAUAAAAAGGAGAAAGACGUGUGUGAAGAGAAAGAAGUCUGAGACAGAACACCUUAACAACACCAUGUUCCACAUGCCAUCUGAAAUGUCAUCUUGAAUCAAUCAAAUAUAAACAGCAAGGCAUUUUCUAUAAUAGAGAUGUUCUCAGUGAGUCACGCCGAACUCAUUAACGGGAUUGAGUUACUGUUUAAUUAUUGUUAUUUUAUUUAUAAAUCAUUAUAUUAGGGUUGUCUUCAUUGAUUAAAGGAAAUGUAUUUUGC